AUGGUUUCGAUUUCACAGGGUAUUGUACUCACAGCAGUCAUAUUUGUUUCAAGUACAGUUCUUUAUCUUGCUUAUAGUUACAGUAAUAAAUGUUCUCCAUCAUCGUUCCAAAUUCCACAUGAUCACAGUUCAAAUAACAACCCCACCAAACAAUUUCUACGCUCUUGCUUAUACUCAGGGGAGAAAAAAAAGAAUAAGAAGAAGAGGGUGAAAUUUGCAGAGGAUGUGAUGAUGAAAGAAAUAUUAAAAGAAAAUAAAGAAGAAAAACAAAGGAAGAAGCAAAACAGAGGAAGAAGAAAUUGCAUAAACGAAACAAAAGAAAUGCCAGCAAACAGAAUUGCUCUAUAUAACGGGAUUAUGAGAGAUCGAGGCAACAGACUUGCUUGUUGUCACUGA